AUGUCUUUGGUAACUGCUUCUCGAACAUUUCUUUCAAGUUUUGCUGGAGUCAAGCAUAAUGCUCUUCUGUCUACAACAUACUUGGCUCGCACCUUAAAAACCUCGGCAUCAGCUCAAAUGGCGGCGGAGGUAGCCAAGAAAAGGGCUCCUUUUAACAAGACAUUUGCGAUUUAUCGUUGGAACCCCGAUGAACCGAUCACUAAACCUCAUUUACAAAAUUAUGAAAUUGAUCUAAAUACAUGUGGUCCGAUGGUCUUGGAUGCGCUCAUUAAGAUCAAAAAUGAACUGGACCCUACGUUGACAUUCCGUCGCUCAUGUCGUGAAGGAAUUUGUGGAUCCUGCGCUAUGAAUAUUGAUGGUGUGAAUACUUUGGCGUGUUUAUGUAAGAUUGAUCGUAAUGCGUCAAAGAGCAAAAUUUAUCCUUUGCCUCAUAUGUAUAUCGUCAAAGAUAUAGUUCCAGAUCUGACACAUUUCUACAAACAAUACAAAUCGAUUGAACCGUACCUCAAAAAAAAGACCGAACUCAAAGAAGGUGAACGUGAAAACUUGCAAAGCAUCGCGGAUCGUAAGAAAUUAGAUGGUCUUUACGAAUGCAUCUUAUGUGCCUGUUGCUCUACUUCGUGCCCAAGUUAUUGGUGGAACUCCGAUGAAUACCUUGGUCCGGCUGUGUUGAUGCAGGCUUACAGAUGGAUGGCUGAUACCAGAGACGAUUUUGCUCACGAGAGACGUGAAGCUUUGCAGAAUCCUUUCUCGGUCUAUCGAUGCCACACUAUCAUGAAUUGCACGCGUACUUGUCCCAAGGGCUUGAAUCCUGGAAGAGCGAUCGCACAGAUUAAGAAAGAUAUGGCAUUGGAUUAA